UAUUAAAUUUAAUGAGUCAUUAUCAAAAUCCAACCUACAAUCAUGCACAAAUGAAAAAUCAAGUUGGUGUUUCCAAUCUAAAAAUGCUCGAUGGAGAAGACUUAAGUAUUAGUUUAUGUAUAUGCUCUCUUAGCUGCUGGAGACAGGAGAAAAUUGCAGUAACUGUAAAUGAAGGACUGGGUAUAAUAAUAAACACAAGAGAAUCAGCAGAAAAAGCAAUUGAAUAAACAGAUAUAAUAAUAAUACGAUCAGCAGACCUUAUAGAUUAAUUAGAGUUUAAAGGAGUUGGAGGAAGAGUAAUAUAGGAGGAGAGUCGAAAUGGAAAUUGCCAAUUAACAAAUCAAUAAUCAAUUGGCAAAGGAGAAAUAGGAUAGAGAGGAGUAUAUGGCUAGACAGGCUCAACUUGAAAAGAAAUAACACAUGGAAGAGAUUUUGAACAAUGAUGUUUGGACUGAGAAGUAAUUCAAAAAACCUAUACUAGUACUGCUACUUGUCAAAGUGCUUUAGCUCCUCAUAGAGUGAUACCUUAUCAUUAUAAAGGCAUGUCGGAUUAAUAGAGAUAAGAAAUCAGAAACGACUAGGCUAAAUAGAGAGAAUAAAAUGAGUAGAAAAGACAACAAGAGAAAGAAGAUGAAAAAAUGUGGGCUCAAUACAAUGAAGUAAGAAUCAGUAAUGAUUGUUUUAGCAUAACCGAAAGUAAUUAAUUAUUCAGGAAAGGGAGAAGGCUCGAAAAUUGUAAACACUUAGAAAUAAUCAAAAAGAAUUUAACUUAUUGUCAUAGACUGAAUAGAAACUCAAAUUAAAAAAUGAAUAUGCAUGACAAUCC